GAGCCGUCAGCAAGCACGAUCUCCAGGGGACGCUUUUGAAGACGUAUGGCACGAUGGCAGAGGCGGCCGAGGACAGCAAUCUGUCUUACGAGCGGAUGAAGUAUGCAGUCAGGACGGGCAGCACGGCAACCGGUUUCCAGUGGAAGUAUCUUGGAAAGUUUGACGACCUCGAGGUCAUUCACUAUGGGUUUCAGCACUUUAACAACGACUCCGACCCUCAGCAGAAGCGGCUCAAGGCCCUUCCAGAGUCGAUCAUUGUGCAUGACGCCGCAAAAGCCGAAAUCCCAUUCGAGCAAGGCUUUGGAAUCAAGAACUUUCGGGACUUUGUGAGGCUGAGCCGGCCGGAUGUAAUUGUGAUAUUCAACGAUGCCUUCAUUGUGGCCAAGUUUCUGAAUGAACUGGCCAUCGAGCCACGCGUGUGCCCGGGGGCUCGCAUCAUUGUCUACCUCGAUACGGUGUACCCUUUUGUCAACCCCGACCUGCUGACAAUCGUCAACCGGGGUGCAGACCACAUCAUCGCUUUCACAGAGUACUGGAAGCAGGAGUUGCUGGCGCAGGGUAUAACCAAGCCAAUGAGCACGCUCAUGCAUGGCUUUGAUCCUGAAGAGAUAUACCCUACGGAACAGCGUACAAAGACAGCCGAUGCGCCCAUGAUCUGCUUGAACCUAAACAGGAAUCAGCCCCGCAAACGCUAUGACUUGAUGGCAAUCACCAUGGCCCUCGUGUACGCAAAGAGGCCCGAUGCAAACGUGCGCUUCGUGGCCGCGACCGACCUCAAGGGUGGGGCUUGGGACGUCCCCAGGCUGUUUGCAAGGGAGCUCUGCAAGCGGAUGGAGCCGGAGAAGGCUUACCAUUUCCUGGAGUACCUUCUGACCGUCAAGAAUCCGAGCGCCAUGACCGACGAGGACGUGAACAAGCUCUACAACGAAGCAGACGUUGGCCUCAACUUUGCACAGGGCGAGGGCGUGGGUUUGACAUCGAUGGAACACGCAGGACUCGGCAAGCCCCAGAUCUGCGGCCGCUUGGGCGGCUUCCAAGAGUAUUUGGACGACAGCUGCGCCACACUGCUCGACGUGAAGGGCCAUGAGUACAUCGAUUCAAGGGAUGUGAUCGGGGGGGAGGCAUCAAUCAUCGACCCUCAAGAUGCAUGCGAUGCCAUUCUGAGAUACUUGGAUGAUCCAGAGCUGCGUGCAGCACAUGGGAAGGCGGCUCGCGAGAAGGUGCUAGAGUACCGAUGGGAAGUCAUUGGGCAGGCGCUUUAUGAUGUUAUUGUGGAGUCCUCUUAG